UGAACUCCCCUGUCAACCAGCCCCAAUUGCUUAAUUAAAUCGCACACUGCGUCCCGAGCGCACCUGUCGCCCACAAUGGUGGCCUCAAAGAAGAACCUGAAGGCGACCAAGAAAUUCGAGAAGAAUCAUCUCAAGGGUGUCCUGGAAAAGAGGAAAACGGUCGCCAAGAUUAAGCAGCGACAGCAGAUUAAGGACAAGAAGAAGGCCAAGCGAUCGCAAGAUGACGAAUUCUACAAGGGGCCUGGCGGCGAGGCCAAUGGCGAGAAGAAGGUUGUCAGCAAGAAGCCCGGUGCAAAGACCAACGAGAUGAGCGUCGACGACUUCUUCAAGGGCGGCUUCGAAAUCCUCGAUACCAAGUCCAAGGAGAAGACCAAGUCUUCUGCAAGCCUAGGGAAACGCAAGCGGGGCGAGGCCGGUGUUCAAGUAGAUGGGGCCGAGGAGAGCGGUAGCGAACCCGAGAUCUCGGACAAUGACGAGCCCCUGGGCAGCGACGACGAGCCCGACGCCGACGAUAUCAGCGACGCGGAGGAUCUGGGCAUGUCCAAGAGCGCCAUGGACGCGCUCGCCGAAAACGACCCAGAUUUCUACAAGUUCCUAAAGGAGAACGACCCAGAAGCGCUAGAUUUCGACGAGAACGCAGAUCUCGCCGAGGUUGACGAGCUCAGCGGCAGCGAAGAGGAAGAUGAACAACCCAAGAAGAAGCAGAAGAAAGACAAGAAGGGUGCCAAGGAGGACGACGGAGACGACAGGGAGCUUACACAAGCCAUGGUUGCGAGGUGGAAGGCCUCAAUGGAUGCGACACGCUCACUCAGGGCCGCCCGCCAGGUCGUUAUCGCUUUCCGCUGCGCAGCCCAUUUGAACGAGACGGACGAGGAGAACCCGCAAAGAUACAGCAUCACGAGCCCGGAGGCAUUCCACGAUAUCGUCGUUGUUGCACUCAAGGGGAUUCCCGACGUCCUUCAACACCAUGUCCCAGUUAAGGAAUCCGCCGCGGGCAAGGUGUAUGUCCAAACUGAGGGCAAAAAGUUCAAGACGUUGUCGAUGCUCAUCAAGAGCUUUGCGGCCUCUAUUAUUCGGCUGCUCGGUACAUUAUCAGAUGAGGCGACGCUCAAACUCACAUUAUCGGCGCUGCAACCGCUUCUGCCGUAUCUCCUUUCCUUCAGGAAAGUUCUCAAGAUGCUCAUAAAAACCGUCGUUGCCUUCUGGUCCCAGUCUGCGAGCUCCGAUACCACUAGGAUAACAGCGUUCCUAGUAAUCCGUCGUCUGGUGGUUAUCGGCGACAAGGCCGUUAGAGAAGUCGUCCUAAAAGCCGCCUAUCAAGGGCUGGUCCAGGGCAGCCGUCUCACAAACGCCAACACCAUCCAGGGCAUUAACCUCAUGAAGAACUCAGCCGCCGAACUCUGGGGCCUCGACCAGGGCCUGGGCUACACAACGGCUUUCGCCUCGAUCCGCCAGCUCGCCAUCCACCUCCGGAACAGCAUCGUCAACAACAAGAACGACUCAUACCGCGCCGUCUACAACUGGCAAUACGUGCACUCGCUCGACUUCUGGUCGUGCGUCCUCUCGGAGCACUGCAGCCCCCUCAAGGAAGCCGAGGCCGGCAAAGAAAGCCAGCUGAAGCUCCUCAUCUACCCUCUCGUCCAAGUCACCCUCGGCGCGAUGCGCCUCAUCCCCACCGCGCUCUACUUCCCGCUCCGCUUCCAGCUGAUCCGCUCGCUCCUGCGCCUCUCGCGGGCGACCGACACGUACAUCCCGCUGGCGUCGGCGCUGCUCGAGGUGCUCGGCUCGGCCGAGAUGAAGAAGCCGCCCAAGUCGUCGACGCUGCGGCCGCUCGACUUCGCCGUCGCCUACAAGGCGCCCAAGUCGUACCUGCGCACGCGCGUCUACCAGGACGGCGUCGGCGACCAGGUCGUCGAGCUGCUCGCCGAGUUCUUCGUGCUCUGGUCGCGCAGCGUCGCGUUCCCCGAGUUCGCCCUCCCCGUCGUCAUCGCCCUCAAGCGCUGGCUCAAGGAGAGCCGCAAGCCCGGUCGCGGUAAUAAGAACGGCAAGAUGGCCGCCGCCUUGGUCCUGCUCGUGCAGAAGCUCGAGGCCAACGCCAAGUUUGUCGAGGAGAAGAGGGCUAAGGUCGAGUUUGCGCCCAAGGACCGCGCCCAGGUUGAGGCGUUCUUGAAGGAUCUUGACUGGGAGCGCACGCCGCUCGGCGCGUUUGUCGUGUCGCAGCGGAAGUUGAGGGCCGAGCACCAGCGGAUGGUGGAGGAGGCGCGCAAGGAGGAGGAUAAGAAGCGGAAGGAGGAGAGGGAGGCGUUGGAUGGUGGUGAUGAUGCGGACAGUGGGGAUGAUGAGGAUGCUGAGGAAAGUGAUGAAGAUGAAUUGGAGGGAGAGGACGAGGAGGAAAGUGAAGGGGAGGAAGAGGAAGAAGACGAGGAUGAGGAUGAGGAGGAAGAAGAGGAUGAGUAGACAUGUCUUUUAUAUCACCUGUGAGAAGAUACUAGCG